CGGUUUAAGCCACGGAAGUUGCUGCUUGUUUAAAACGUUUUUGCUCAGAGGAAGUGACGUCAGGCGGAUCCGCGGUGCGGGCUGCGGGAUCUCCGAGCUCAGAACCAUCCGAACCGAAGCGACCCAGAGAGCGGCGGAGAGCGGGGAGCCGGAGGAGCGGAACGGGCGGAGCAGCUGUAUGGCGGCGGCCGUUUCUGCGGGAGGGCCGGCUCUCAUCAUGGAGAAUGGACAGAGCACCACCACCAAGCUGGGGUUGCCACCACUCACCCCCAACCAGGCGGAGGCGCUGCAGAAGGCAAAGAAGUACGCCAUGGAGCAGAGCAUCAAGAGCGUCCUUGUCAAACAGACUCUGGCUCAGCAGCAGCAGCUCACCAGUUUGCAGAUGGCGUCUCUGACGAUGGGUUUGGGCGACGCUCUGUCUCCUCUGCAGUCGGUGGCAGCUCAGCGGCAGAGAGCGCUCGCCAUCAUGUGUCGUGUGUAUGUUGGAUCCAUCUACUACGAACUGGGAGAGGACACCAUCAGGCAGGCCUUUGCCCCCUUCGGACCAAUCAAAAGCAUCGACAUGUCCUGGGACUCUGUGACUAUGAAGCACAAGGGUUUUGCCUUCGUUGAGUAUGAGAUGCCUGAAGCGGCUCAGCUCGCUCUGGAACAGAUGAAUUCAGUCGUCCUUGGUGGAAGGAACAUCAAGGUCGGGAGACCCAGCAACAUUGGCCAAGCUCAACCAAUCAUUGACCAGCUGGCAGAGGAAGCUCGCGCCUUCAACAGGAUCUAUGUGGCGUCGGUGCACCCUGACCUCUCUGAUGACGACAUCAAGAGCGUGUUCGAGGCCUUUGGGAAAAUCAAGUCGUGCAUGUUGGCCCGGGAACCGACCACGGGCCGGCACAAAGGCUACGGCUUCAUCGAGUACGAGAAGGCUCAGUCCUCUCAGGACGCCGUCGCCUCAAUGAACCUAUUUGACCUGGGUGGUCAGUACCUGAGGGUGGGGAAGGCUGUGACUCCGCCCAUGCCCCUUCUCACACCAACAACAUCCGGAGGACUCCCCACUGCCGCCGCCAUGGCUGCUGCCGUUGCCACCGCAAAGAUCACAGCUCAGGAGGCGGUGGGAGCGUCGGUGCUUGGAGCUCUGGCCGGACCAGCGCUUCUCUCUCAGCAGCUUGGAGGCCUCCCUCAGGCUGUCAUGGCCCACCAGGCUCCAGGUGUCAUCACAGGUGUGACCCCAGUUCGACCCGUCGUGCCUCAGGUGGGCUUGGUGAACCCCGUGCUGGCCACGCCCCCAACACAGACAACUUCUUUUGGUAUCGACCUGAAGAAGAAAGAGGAGGAGGAGCAUCAGCAGGAAGGUCAGCAGGAUGGCGCCAUGGAGCCGCUCAGUGAGCAGGAGCACAUGAGCAUCAGCGGCAGCAGCGCCAGACACAUGGUGAUGAGGAAGCUGCUGCGGAAGCAGGAGUCCACUGUCAUGGUCCUGAGGAACAUGGUCGGCCCUGAUGACAUCGACGAUGACCUGGAGGGCGAAGUCACAGAGGAAUGCGGGAAGUUUGGCCAGGUGAAACGAGUCAUCAUCUAUCAGGAGCGUCAGGGUGAGGAGGACGACGCCGAAGUCAUCGUUAAGAUCUUCGUGGAGUUUACGGAAGCCGCCGAGAUGAACCGAGCCAUCCAGGCGCUCAACCACCGCUGGUUUGGUGGCAGGAAGGUGGUUGCAGAAGUUUACGAUCAGGAACGCUUCGACAACAGUGACCUGUCAGCGUAGAGAAUGCUCAGACUCGAGCGUAGCGUAGCGGGCUCUUUCUAACCUGUCUGUUUUUUAUCGGUGUUUGUCUCCAGGGAAACGUCUCCUCUUUCUCCUCCUUCUCCUCUUCUUCAUCAGUGUGUUUCUGUGCAGGGUCAAAGGACAAAUCAGCUGCUUCUCAUGUUUCAGCUGCUCACAGCCUCCUGUUUUCACAGAGCAACUGCUUUUCUCAAACGACGGCCUCCCUCCGUGAACAUUUGAGGUUUGUUGAGGUAAUUUGUCGUUACGGUAACAGAAACAGGAAGUGAUCAGCAGCCUCUGUUAAAGUCCUGCAACUUCCUCCUCUGUCACUUUACUUCCUGUUUUGCUGGUUUUUGGUACUGUGACCACCAGAGGGCGUUAAUUAAAAUGUAACCACGACCUGUAUGAUCCCGCUGUGUACCUGGAGACCAGUCAGGUGACAAGCUUCGUGCUAAUGUUUAGAGUUCCAUCGAUUUCUGGACAGAUUUCAUUUAAAUAAAGUGAUACAUUUUUUAAAAAAUCCUAAUUUAGGAAACGACAUGAGUAGAAACAAUUCAGUCGGGUUCUACUGUUUGCUGCUGGCGCGCCUUUAACUGCCGAUUUGCGCUAAAACACUCAGUGGGGUGGUGGUGUUGACGCCCUGAGAGCGAGACGGUUAAUCGUCAGUCUAACAGGUACUGAUCAGGUCUUUGAUACAGAAGAAGACAGUGAUGCGUUAUCAGUCGUCUUAUUGAUCUUGUAAAGAGGAGGAAGUGACACUGAGCAGCAGCGGUAACAGAGAAGCUGCUCACCUGAAGGUUUAUUUUAAAAAAAAAAAAGUCACCAGCAGAGAUUAAAAAAAACUCCACCUGAGAUCCAGAAACCAGGACCCCAUCCCAGAGAUCAAUAUCUCAGUCAGUAACGUCUUUGAGUCUGAAUGCAGACUUAGUUUGAUGGCCACACAGGUCCUGGUACCUGUGUGGUGCGUUCAGGGACCCUCUGUAAAAUGGUGAGCAGGCUGGAGCUGAAACAUGAAGCGGCUGUUUUCCAGAUGUGAUGUCACCUGUGUUCUUCCAGAUGUUCAGGUUUUUGUUUGCAGUCUCACAGCAGAAAUACCUGGAUGCUAAUGAACUGACUGUACCUGAACACACCACAGCAUCCUCCACUCCUGGGCUGUCUUCAGUCUGUCCCCGAGGAGUCACGUGAUGCCACAGAGGAGUCACGUGAUCCUGUUCACUGAACGAGUUUGAGCUGCUUAGCGCCUCAGCGGUGGUGCUGCGUUCAGGUGCUCUUCAGGGUUUGAAGGUCAAACACCGAAACGUGAAUAAAACUUUUCUUUUUU